UGCCGGCCUGGUGGUGUCGCUGAGUGUGUGAUCUGCUUGUGUCACUGUAGUGCAUAAGGAGGAAGGGGGGAGGAGAGAGAGAGAGAGAGAGAGAGAGAGAGAGAGAGAGACAGAUUGGAAAACAGGCCUCCACCCCGAGGAUCAGGGAAAUGGGAGCAUGAGGGAUAAAGCAGCAAGCCUCGGAAUCAUCUAUGUCUCUGAAGCAAAGGAGCUAUGGAGAAAAGGGCUGAAUGUAAGAUGAGGGGAGAUUAUAUCUGGCCUAUAAAACUCCAUGUCUUCAGAUAAACUGCACAUUAGUGCAAACACACACUCUGUAGUUCACACUGAAGUCUGCACUCACUGCGCUAGUCUGCGCUAGUCUGCACUAAUCCGUGCUCCUUCGACCUCCAAACCACAUGGAGGCACAGCAAGGUUCUCCGGACAGCAGCAGUGAGGAAUGUACCGUUCUGGAGGCGUUUCCUGGCAAAGGAACAGUUUGCUCUCAACAUAAAGGAAAAGCCCUAGCACUUUAUUGCCUGCUGUGUGAGAGUGCAGUGUGUGAGGAGUGUAUUGUCGGGGAACAUGUGGACCACGCAACAGAUUCACUGGAAAAAGUUGUGGAUCAACAGCGAACAGCUUUACAUGAGAGACUGAACGCAGCUCAGAACAGGCUUCCGCAGAUCAGAGAUGCUGUGCAGGUGCUGAAGGACAUUCUGCAGCAGCUGAGCACUCAGAAGAACUCUAUUGAGGAGGACAUCCACUCCUCCUUCAGUGAGCUGCACAAGACCCUGGAUACACGUAAGAGUGUCCUGCUCAUGGAGUUAGAGGUCACCUAUGGAUUAAAGCAGAAGGUACUACAGAAACAGUUAGACACUCUGCUUAGAGAGGAGGCUGAUAUCUGCAGUAACAGUAGUCAGACAGGAGAGGCGCUGGAUGGAGCAAGUGAUGCUGUUGUUCUGCAGACUCAUAAAGACUUUGGAGAGAGACUGAGCGAGCUGGCCAGUCAGGGCCUUCCCCUCCAACCCGAGGAGAACGAUCAGCUGGAGCUCAUGAUGGAAGUAGAAGGACUUCGCAAGUCCAUCCACAACCUGGGUGCCAUUAUCACCACCAAUGCAGUGGCCAGUCAGACUGAGGCUUCAGGAGAUGGUCUCGAGCAAUGCAUUGUAGGUCAGCCGACCUCCGUCAUCAUAACAACCAGAGACAAGUCAGGGGGCCUGUGCAAGUCAGGCAAUGCUGUCAUCUCUGGAGAAGUCUUCACACCUGAAGGUAGUGUCAUGGAUGGAGAGAUUUUGGACCAUAAGAAUGGCACCUACGAGUUCCACUACACAUUAUACAAGGAGGGGGACUUUAGUCUGGCGCUGAGACUCUAUGAUCAGCACAUCAAGGGAAGCCCCUUCAGGCUGAAGGUCACCGGGUCUCCAGACGAUUCUCCAACCACCACCUCUGGAGCCAAUGCUGCUUCCACAGGCUCCAGUGAUGGCGGUGCGAGGAGACGGAGUGCCAAGUCCCCCGGGAGCAGGAGUCGACAGAAAGGAGUGCGGAGAGGCGGGAGCUUGUUCAGCACACCCAAGAAGAAAGUAAAUCCCAUUGAAGAUGAUCUUAUUUUCAGAAUCGGAACAAAAGGAAGAAAUAAAGGUGAAUUCACCAAUCUACAGGGGGUAGCCGCCUCAUCGGGCAGUAUCCUGAUUGCGGACAGUAAUAAUCAGUGUGUGCAGAUCUUCUCCAACGAGGGCGAGUUUCAGAGCAGGUUUGGAGUUCGUGGUCGUUCUCCGGGGCAGCUGCAGAGGCCCACUGGUGUCGCUGUUCAUCCAAACGGUGAUAUCAUCAUCGCUGAUUAUGAUAACAAGUGGGUUAGCAUCUUCUCCAGUGAUGGCAAAUACAAGGCUAAGCUGGGGUCCGGUAGGCUGAUGGGUCCAAAGGGAGUCUCUGUGGAUCAGAACGGUCACGUUAUCGUGGUGGACAACAAAGCCUGCAUGGUGUUCAUCUUCCAGCCCAGUGGGAAACUGGUAACCAAGUUUGGCAGCAGAGGAAUCGGUGACAAACAGUUUGCAGGACCCCAUUUUGCUGCAGUCAACAAUAAUAAUGAAAUAAUUGUCACUGACUUUCACAAUCAUUCAGUCAAGGUGUUCAGUGCUGAAGGUGAGUUCCUGCUCAAGUUUGGCUCGAACGGUGAAGGGAACGGACAGUUCAACGCUCCCACAGGUGUUGCAGUGGACAUUAACGGGAACAUCAUCGUAGCCGACUGGGGGAACAGCCGUAUACAGGUGUUUGAUGGAAGCGGCUCUUUUCUGUCCUACAUCAACACGGCAGCGGAUCCUCUUUACGGGCCACAGGGUCUCGCCCUGACCUCUGAUGGACACGUCGUUGUGGCCGACUCUGGGAAUCACUGUUUUAAGGUGUACCGUUACCUUCAGUGAUUCACUACUUCAGAGAUCUGUACCUCCAUCUUGCACUUCUACUGCAGAUCCAUCACGCUAAUGCUCCUGUGCUAACUGCCUCCUUCCUGCAGGACGGAUCCCCAUUAAUUAUGGUCAGUGAGAUCAGACGGAUAUUUGGGAGGCUUGUACAGUUAAAGUGUGGUCACUUUCAGCUUCCAGGUUCUGUUCAGUUCAGUACACGUCUGCGUUUGGUUUCAUUUCUCAUCUUGUACAAAUGUUUAGAUUUUAGGUGAACUGGGAGGAGUCUAAUCUCUCACCAACCUUUUACUCAGUGCUGCAAAAAUACACACAUUUAAACUUAUAGAAAUAUUUCAGCAUUAUUUUAUUAACUUAAUAAUUAUAAUACAAACAAAUCAUCAUCAUCAUAUAGCAAGCUAGCAAUCAUCUACUUUACUGCAGAAUUAUUUCAUCUCUUCUUGGUUUAAUAUUCCUGCUUUUACACGACUUCCUGUUGAUCCAGAUUUAAACACCACGUGGCUGUUUACUGAGAAAAAAGGUGAGUGUUCUUCCACAGUGUGUGUUUGAGCGCUAACCCUUAGCCGCGUCCACUCUGGUUAAAGUGUAGAGGUUUACAUGGCCGGAGCUUUAUUGUGACCACGCCUUGAUUUAGCAGCUGCUCAGAUAUCUGCUGGUAGAGCGUUUGAGAUCGGAUGUGCAUGCGUUUGGAAUCAAAUCCGUUUCCUCGAUCUUCACUGCUAACUCCGAGUUCUGCUUGGUGCAUGUGAGCGACAUUACACAGAACUUCAGUAACUUCCAUCUCUGGUCCAUCUGACUCAAUUUAAUGACACUAUUUAAAGUUUCACUGCAAACAAACUUCACCUGUUUAAUUCAAGCUGCACGUUAAAGCCUUUCCUUGAUGCACUUAGUAAAUAAAACCCAAACUAAUAGAGGAAACAGUGAUCGUCUUUAGUACAUGGACUCGUGUAGGAGCUCUGAGUGUCCGGUCCAUCCACAUCAUCACGCUCCUCUCGUCUCCUUUAGGACUUCACUAGCAAAAAGCAGGCCUCUAUUUUUAUUUUCAAAUAUUUAAGAGGAAAAAAAUCUCUA